AUCCGAAAACUUGCCAUCGGUGAUCCUUCCCGGGCUAAACAACCCGAUAUGAUUGGGGAGACUGUCAAUAAUGGAAAAUUUGUUUAUGAAACGAUGUUCGGUGAGGUGACGGGAGAAGGCAAAAACAACACGGAAAAAAAGAAUCUAAUUGACCUGGUUAGAUUGGGGAUAUUUAUGAAAGAUUCCCUCGAUAAUAUUUCGCGUAAGACCGGUGUCAAUCGGAUAUUCAGUUGGCAAGUUAUUGUGACAAAGUGGACUGGUUAUAUGACAUUAAUUAGCCCAGGGAUUUACGUUAUGAUUGAUACUGGUAGUGUAGAUCUUCCAAGAUCUUUCGAAGUAUGCAAUACGUUUCUAACUGGUCUGGACACGAUGUUUGCAUUUCAGAUAGCGUAUGAAAAAACAAUAAAGGAUAUUCUCUCUAUUAUGAAUAAAAGUGAAGAAUUCGAGAGUGAUGAUAAUUUUAAAGGAUGGCGUCGAUCAACACUUGGGACACCAUU